CAGGGAAUUUCAUCGCAACCUGCUGUAAUUACUGCUUGGUCGGUGAUCCAUUAACCAUUACAGAAAGGAAGGACGUCUGGGGGCCUAAACACCUAGAAGAACUUUGUAUGGUUUCAGCGCGAAAAUAGACAGAAGUUAAUUCGAAAUGAAAUUCAUAGUGGCCACAACCCUGCUUUUGCUUGUGUCUGUCUUGCAUUACGCUUUUGGACAACAACUUGCCCCUGGGCAGUUGAAACAGAAGGUUGAUGAAAUUGCGAAGGCGUACGCUGAAGGAUACAAAGCUGCUAUAAAUGCAAUCCGGUCCCGGAAUAUGAUACCGCGCACGCCAAUAGUCGCAAACAUCAAACCAAAAAUGUCACCACGCUCUUUUAUUCCGAAGCCGGUCGCUCAACAAGUCGUGAGGAAUUUCCCAUCAGCUAAUGGAAAUGGUUUCUUUAUCCCUGCAAGACAAAUAACAGUCAAUGGAGUUGAGAAAUCAGGAAUCCCCCGACCACCUUUCCGAGCUCAGUACUCUCCGGAACAGAAAAACACCAUGAGACAACCCGGUCAUACCGUCGUUGAAAGAUCUGCAGCUCCUCCUCCGUUGCUUGGAAAGUUCAUGCAGCAACAGCAAGGCAGGUCACUGGCACAGCAGUUUCAAAAGAAGUCAGAGGUCCCAGCAAAUAACGCAAAAAAUCAGCCAGACGAGGCAAAAGCAGAGGAAAUGGCAAGAAUGAAUGCAGCAGCUAGAAGCAGAAACGUCUACUUCGAUGCCAUUGGUGGAGACCCAUAUGGCAGUGCCAGCGGAGUCCUCUCACGCCAAACAAUCAACUUCCACCGCAGCAGACGAUCAACUGGAGAGUAUCAAAUGAGGAAUCGGCUAAGGCGCCAGACUAGAAGCCGUGUCCCAUACUUGGGACAAGAUCUGGACAAAAUGGGAAUCGUUCGAGCCGUGCCAGUAAUGGGUGGAUCCCAGAAUUUUAACCAGAACGCACUGCCAAGUUUCAUGAAAGUUCAUGCUGCGGAAUUCGGGAGCCUUACAUCAUCGCAGGACCAAAGCAUCGAAGCACCACGGCAGGUUCAGCCAAUUUUCCAGAGAAGUGAAAUUCCAUUUGUUCCACAGGCAUUCGCAAAACGAGCCAACAGUAAAAGAGACGUAAUUGAGCGAUUAAACCGUGCUGCAAGGCAUCGCAACGUCUAUCUUGACUCGUAUAGCAACGGAGCAGCCGCUGGUCUUGGAGGAGUUCUGAGUCGCCAAAAUUUCCUUUUGUCAAAACACAAAAGAAGAUUUGCAGAAGAAGAUUACUGAAGGUUUACUUGUUCUUUACUGAAGCGAGGCAGGAAGGCUAAACAUGGUCACUCCACGUCAAUCCAUGUACUUAACAAAACUUGUAAAUAAUAUUGUGAACCGUUAAAAAAGUUAACCUGUUGCCCAUUUGCACCAAAUAUUUGCUUCGUACUUUGAUUUCUGAUUAGUUGAUAGAUUUGACAUUUUAUUGUCUCCAUUA